AUGGCUGAUUGGGUAGCAACUGUUGCACUUGGGGUCCUCUUAAACAACCUCGGAGAGGUCACCAGGGACAUGGGAAUGCAUCGAGUUCUGAAUGUAGACACUGAGCUUGCUGCAUUUUGGGCACCAUUUCUUCUGUUGCAUUUAGGUGGCCCUGACACCGUUACUGCAUAUGCUUUGGAAGACAAUGAGCUUUGGUUGAGGCACUUUCUUGGAUUAGGAGUCCAAACUGGAGUUGCAGUCUACAUUUUCUUUAUGGCCUGGAGAGGUUCUCUUAUCUCCAUUCUCACCAUGCCAAUGUUUUUGGCAGGAAUAAUCAAAUAUGGGGAGAGGACAUGGGCUCUUCGAUCGGCAAGCAAUGAGCAAUUAAGAGACUCCAUGCUAACUCCUCCUGAUGCUGGCCCAAAUUAUUCCAAAUUCAUGGAAGAAUUCACGUUGAAGCAGUAUGAGGGAUUCCAUGUAACAGCAGAUGAAGUGAUAGAAGCACAGGCACAGGUGGAUGUUUCUCAAAUGGGAACUGCCUCCGUUCGUGAUGAUACCGAAUUGCUUCAAGCCCAUUACUCGUUCAAAACUUUCAAGCGCCUUUUCGUCGACCUCAUUCUCAGUUUCCAAGAUCGAGACAAUAGCCAAAAUUUGUUCAAAGAUAUGUCCUUCGAAAAUGCUUUCAAAGUGAUUGAGAUUGAACUUGGAUUCAUGUUUGAUGUGCUUUACACCAAAGGAGCAAUAAUCCAUGCCCGCGUCGGCUGCUAUCUCCGUUUCAUCAGUCUGAGCAGCACUGUAAUAGUGUUGAUAUUAUUUUCUUUUGCCCACGAGAAGAAUCAUUCUAAGAAGAUUGAUUUAGCUGUAACUUUCUCAUUGCUAGUUGUAGCUAUUUUCCUUGAGCUCUGUGCCAUACUUUUACUGAUCUCAUCAGACUGGACAGAUAUUUAUCUGACUAAGCAUUCAAAGAUCCGAAAGUUCAUCGCUCCUUUCCAGCUUCCGAAACAUCGAAGGUGGUCAAAUUCCUUGGCACAACACAGUUUACUGAGCUUCUGCCUCAAAAGUAAGCCUAUAGUCAGCCUCAAAAUCCAGAAUUUCUUUGGCAUAGACAAAAUUCUAGAAAAACACCUGCACAAGACCAUCGAUAAAGUCUCCGAUGAUUUGAAAAAGCUGGUAUUCACCCAUCUCAAGGAAAAAUUUCGACUCAUGAUGAGCAUUUUGAGCGGCGAGGCAGAGGCUGAAUCCAAUCGAUACGAAAGUGAGCUUAAAGCAUUGUGCAUCUGCCGAGGGGACCGUGCGCUUCAAAAUUCAGAUUUUUUUGAUUAUUUAAGUUGGAGUGUAGAAGUAGAGUUCGACCAAAGCAUCCUCAUCUGGCACAUUGCUACAGAUCUCUGCUACCACUCUGACCCUGACGAAACCGAAAAAGAAGAUAACCGUAAAAUAAGCCAGAAACUGUCCCAGUAUAUGCUGUAUCUCCUAGUCAUGCGUCCUUUCAUGCUGCCAAUGGGGAUUGGAAAGAUCAGAUAUCUAGAUACUUGCAAAGAAGUAAGAAACUUUUUCGAAGAGCGAGAGUCUGUGUUAGGUGAUUUCCAAACUUCCAAAGGCAGGUCUCUGAAUUCUUGGCUUUCGGCAAUCAAUCCUUUCAGCAAAGGGAAGUCUAAGCUAGAUGAAAGCAAGGCAUGCGAGGUGUUGCUCAACGUGAACACUCAAGUCCCACCUAUCAAAGUAAAAGGCGACAGAAGCAAAUCUGUCCUUUUCGAUGCAUGCAAGCUAGCAUCCCAGUUGCAAGAUAUAUCAGACAGAGAGGGAAAAUGGAAUCUGGUUUGUAAUGUCUGGGUGGAAAUGCUAGCUUAUGCAGCUAGCCGUUGUAAAGGAAAUUACCAUGCUCAGCAAUUGAGACAAGGUGGAGAACUUCUCACUCAUGUUUGGCUCCUGAUGGCCCAUUUUGGUUUAACAGAGCAGUUCCAGAUAUCCCAUGGUCAUGCAAGAGCUAAGCUCAGUGUGAGGUAG